AUGCCUUCCUGGAUUCACAAAGUGGAGAAUAAAGAACAUUUUCAAGAAUGUUUUGACGUUAAGCCUUCUAGUGAUUCUAUAACUGACCCGUCCCCUCCAAUAAAUCCUUCUCUGUCUUGUCUGCUGCUGUCCCUUACCCAAUGCCGUGGCCAUCGGCCUUUACUAAUUUCAUUUCUUCUUGACCAUCCAGUGUCAGCAGAAGAGGUACGGGCGCACCCGUUCACUGAUGUGACCCUUGACUGCGAGUUCUCCUUUAUAGACAGCACAGAAAACCUCGAGUUUUACUGGGAAAGGGAAGACAUAAUAGAGGAAUAUGAAGUGGAAGACCGCGAAUUUUACCGCUUUUUCAAGUACUAUGAUUUCUUUCAAGUGUACACAAAGGUGGUCUACCAGUUCUACGAUAACGCAGAGCAACUUGAAGAUCAGAAUGCCUUAUAUGAGGGAAGGGUCUCUGUGGAUCAGAACGAGAUUUCUGAAGGCAUUCUGUCCCUUCUGCUUCGGAAUGUGGAUUUCAUGGAUGAAGCUGUAUACAAGUGCUCAGCUGUCUCCCCCAACGGCCGAGGCGAGAAUAAGGUCAAGCUGAUAGUGGAAGAUUCUGAAAUGCCCCAGGUGAAAUUUGACAAGAUUGAUGAUGAAGAUGUGGUUACCUGCACAUCGAAGGGCUGGUACCUCACACCCAACGUGACCUGGUUAGACCGGGGAGAAAGGGACAUUAGCAACCACAGUACAGUGGAAGUCCUGGAGGAGCAGAUGAAUGGCUUGUACAGAGUCUACUCUGUCCUCAAAUAUCCAGUCAAGUUAAAUGAAAAAUACGUCUGCCAUAUUACAGAGACAAAUGAAAACAACCGGCCCAUCAGAUCUAUCCGGCGGUACCCUAGUAAGUGCAACUCCGAGGGGAAGCGUGAGAAUAGGCUAUACGUUCCCACACAGAAGCUACCACUCAUUAAUAUUUACUGA